CCUUCAAAAAUCACUGACAUGUCUCUUCUUCUUCCGAGAAUCCCUUCUAAACUUGUUCUUCCUUCUGCUGCUGCGUUUGGGUUUGGACGAGGGGAAAUCAAGAGAAUGCCAGAAACAAGAUUAUCGUCCUCAAAAGCCAAACUUCCUUCUCCGGACCCAGAUAAAGAAACUCGGGUUUUUGUGAGGAAAAAGAGAGUUAAAGGGGCAGUGGUUAAAGUCGAAGAGCAGCCUGAAGCAGAGUCUAGGGACCAGAAUCUAUGUGGCCUUCCUGACAUAGAGGAGUUCGCUUUCAAGAAGCUGGAUGCGCAUACUCCUGCAUCUGGGAUAUCAAAACCUGUAUCAGACGUCAAUGCAAUAGGAACUGAUGUUGUUCCUUCUGUUAGUGAAGGAGGCAAACCACCUGCCAACUGGGAAAAAGUACUUGAAGGAAUCCAAAAAAUGAGGUCUUCGGAAGAUGCACCUGUGGACACAAUGGGAUGUGAGAAAGCUGGAAGCAUACUUCCUUCCAAGGAAAGAAGGUUUGCGGUCUUGAUAUCUUCGCUUCUAUCAAGCCAAACCAAAGAUCACGUUACUCAUGGGGCAAUUCAGCGUCUCCUUCAGAAUGGUCUACUUACUCCUGAUGCCAUUGAUAAAACAGAUGAAAUAACCAUCAAGAACAUGAUUUACCCGGUUGGAUUUUAUACAAGAAAAGCAAGUAAUAUGAAGAAAAUUGCAAGAAUUUGUCUCACAAAGUAUGACGGAGACAUACCGAGGUCAUUGGAGGAUUUACUAUUACUACCAGGGAUAGGUCCCAAGAUGGCUCAUUUAGUUAUGAAUGUUGGUUGGAAUGAUGUUCAAGGGAUAUGUGUAGAUACUCAUGUGCAUCGCAUUUGCAAUCGGCUAGGAUGGGUAUCUCGGCUUGGCACAAAACAGAAAACUUCAUCUCCUGAGGAAACAAGAGAGUCAUUGCAACGGUGGCUUCCUAAGGAAGAAUGGGUCCCAAUUAAUCCCCUUUUGGUGGGAUUCGGACAAACAAUUUGUACCCCACUGAGACCACGGUGUGAAAUCUGCAGCAUUAGUGAGUUUUGCCCAUCUGCAUUCAAGGAGAUGUCGAGUCCAUCCAAGCUGAAGUCUGGUGUCAAGAAAAAGAGUUGAUCCAGAAACCAUCAUUCUCUUUUCCACUCUGCCCAUUUUGUAUUCAUUGGAUUGCAAGCUGAAAUUUGAAACAGCUUAGGUUUGUAUUGUUCCACUGCAGAAUGCGGAGAAAAUGUCUGCAGUGUAGUCAGGGAGUGGGCUUCACUUUGUAUACCUUGUGAAAGGGACUAGAAUCAUAGACAUCAUGCAGAUUCCAAUUUUAAGUGA